AGAGGCCAGCUAGUGAAGUACUGUGCAGAUCAACUUUACUCCUCUGACCUCUAAAGGUGCUCUAGUACCAAGUACACCACCUGACAGAAGUCUUGUCGCCUAUCAAAGUUUUAGGAACAACAAAUAAUGACUUCUAGUCGGUCAUUUGGUAUCAGAAGUGGCUUAUAUGAAAGGCCUCUAGUGCUACAACUAAAAUUUGCAUAGUGUGCAAAUGAUCACACAUCAUGCUAUUCGUCUUACGCAACACCGAAAGAGGGAUUCAUUUCAGUGGUCACUGGAAAAAAAGAAAAGAGAAAAAAUCCUGUCGGACCUGAAAAGCCAGUUGUGUAUCAGACCAUAAAAGCUCCCAUGACCCGUCACUACGACAACCUCACAUAAACAAUAGCACAACAAAGGAGACACACAGCUAGGACAGCGGAAGCACCAACCUGCCGACACAUGUUUCUCAGCGUGCAUCCAACUGUUGUAUGAGAAGAAGGCUCUGAUCAUGCCUUCAGGAAAAAAGUCCAGAUCUCAAAGUGCCAGAGCCGCCAGCAAGAGCAAAAGAAAGCGCUCGUCCAAGAAGAGAUCUGUCAGUGCCAAAGCCUCAAAGACAGAUGUGGAUAUUUUAAGUCCAGCGGCCAUGGAGAACGUUUACUACAUCUCCCAUAAUGCCGUGGACUGUCUGGAGUUCAGAGGAUUCGGCUGGCCUGGAGCCACCAAGAAGAAAGGGAAAAAAGGAAAGAAGAGCAAGAAAUGAUUAUUUGUGCCAGGGUAACCUUAUAUGUUUGCUAGAUAUUAUAUAGACGCAUUUAGGGGUCUAGUUUCUGUUUUUGACAAGAUUAUUUUGCUUACCCCAUUGGCAGAUUAUUUUGCUCGUUUUAGGGGGAAACUCACUUCAGUUUGACAUAUUUCUGAAAACAAGACAAAUUAGUUUUGCUCGUCUAAAAAUGCUUCUUGAUUUAGGAAUAUUUAGAUAUUUGGCCUGAAGCCAAAAUAGGAAUAAAAUAAUAAUAAAAAUGGU